AUGCAGAUCACCACUUCUGAACAAUGGAAUAACCACACUGCCAUCACAGAAUUCAUCCUGCUGGGAUUUGGAGAAGCUCAUGAGUUCCAGAUUCUUCUUUUUCUGGCGUUUGUGGUGAUCUACAUUCUGACCAUAAUGGGAAACAUCCUCAUUGUUAUCUUGGUGGUAUCCGAUCAACACCUUCAAACACCCAUGUACUACUUGCUUGGGAAUUUUUCCUUCUUGGAGGUUUGCUACAGCUCAACCAUUGUGCCUAAGAUGCUGGCAAGAUUCCUAACUGGGGACAAGUCAAUAUCUUCUUGGGGAUGUUUCGCACAACUUUUUAUCUUUGCUUGCCUUGUCAGCACUGAAUGCUGCCUCCUCUCGGUGAUGUCUUUUGAUAGGUAUGUUGCCAUAUGCAAACCACUUCAUUAUGCAACUAUUAUGAAUGGCAGAGUUGUUCUGUACCUUCUAGUAGGUUCUUUGCUAUAUUCAGCAUCUAUGGCAGUUCUCGCUGUAUCUAUGGUUUCACAACUAUCAUUCUGUGGCCCUAAAGAGAUUGAUCACUUCUUCUGUGAUUUCAGUCCUUUGCUCCAACUCUCCUGCAGUGACACAAGCCAUGUCAAAUUAUUGAAUUUCAUAUGUGGACUAAUUGACCUACUACCUCCAUUCAUACUGACCAUCACUUCUUAUGUGUGCAUAAUUACUGCCAUCUUGAGAAUUUCAUCCACCACUGGGAGACAAAAAGCUUUUGCCACUUGUUCCUCUCACCUCAUUGUGGUCUCCAUUUUCUAUGUAACACUAAUGAUCGUGUAUAUCUUGCCAAACACCAGCACACUCAGAGAUCUUAAAAAGUUUUUUGCUGUCCCAUACACAGUCUUGACCCCUGUGGUGAAUCCUCUCAUAUACAGUUUGAGAAACAAAGAAGUGAAGAAAUCGUUGGAAAGAGCUUUUUAUAGAUUCAUCUGUUUCAAUGAAAUUAAGAGAUUGAGCCCUUUGUUAUUAACAGUAGGAUGA